GGAGGAGGAUAGGAGUGCAGGGCGUAUGAAAAACUCCUCUUUACCUCUCCUCUUCGUUCGUCCUCAUUCUAUAUAUUUUCCAAUCCGAUGUGCCUUUCCCAGGGGCUCAGGAGGACAAGGAGACAGACAGCAUUGUGUGAUUGGCAAGUGGCGUGAUUGACAUCUCUAGGCUCGGGUGUUCGUUGUCCACAAGGUGGCACGGGGUGAGUGAGGCAAUAGCUUGCGAGUUUAGCUGGAGGCAAGCGAAUCAAGUGGCAGGUGUUCAGGAGCACCAGUAUGGCUGUGGUGAGUUUCUCAGUGCUUCUGCAGAAACUGCGGGAGGUCCAUGAGCAUGAACUCGAAGGGUGGCAGGAGAAAGUACUGGAGCUGACAAAUAAAAAGAAUAUUGAUACAAAGCGUAUGGAAGAACUUUACAACAGGAACCAGCAGAUGAGAGAACAACAACGGAUGCUCACUGAGAACAUCAAAAUACUGGAGAACAGGUUACGAGCUGGCUUGUGUGACAGGUGUACAGUCACUCAGGAUGUGGCUAAAAAAAGACAGCAAGAGUAUGAAAACUUUCAGCUUCAGAGUUUACAGCAUAUCUCACUACUUGUUACUGAGAUGACUGCUAUGAAGAAAGAAAAUGACAGAUUGAGAGAGCAGCUGAAGAUCCUGAGGGAACGAACCAAUCGGCAGAAUGGUCAUUCAGAGGACGCCAUCACUCCAGAGGUCAAGUUGUCACCUGAUAAAACAGUGGCUGCUGUGACUCCAAUGACCUCAGGGCUAAAGUCUAGCCAGCCUCCACCAGGGGACGCCACUAUACAUGCAGAGACUGUCAAGCGUGAGACAGAAAACAGUCCAACUUUUAGCUUAGUGAAAGUGGAAAAUUCACCACAGGGCUUAGAACAAGUGGCCAGUCCCACACAGGAGAAAGCCUCAGAACACAAACGUAUACAAGGCUGGGCCAGAGCAUUUUUAUUUGAGCCUAAUAAGCCCAAAUUGCCCAUCUCAAGUCCAUUGAUAUGGGGCACAGAGUAUGGAACAGAAAGGAGAGCUUCCAGUGUAGACUUGGUGGAGCAAGGGCAUUCCCCUUUGUCUCCUUCUCUCCCCACUCCUUUUAGUCCACUGAAGAACAAUCCUAUUUUUUCAUCAACUGCCUCUGAGGAACAUGCCACCCGGCAACACAUCCACACCCCUGUUCCCUUCCGGCCACUUCCAAUCAAGUCUGGUCACCUCCCCUGGCCACUCUCAGAAUCCACUGACUGGGUAACAGUAUCAGCACCCAGCUCUGUUGUUAGUAGCGGGAUAGCAGUUCACCCAAGCCAGACCCAAAUUCCAAGCUCAAAUAUACUGCAAUUCCCUAAACUGGUCUCACCAAUCAAUGGCCUCCAGUCUCGCACAUAUGGCCCAAGCCCUGUUAGUCUGCACGCUUGGUCAGAGCAGGUUCCACGCAGGCAUCUCUCAGAGCAUGCAGAAAGUAAAGAAAAGAGAGUGGCAGGAGUGGAAGCUGUUACAACACCACACGAGUGGAGGGACUCAGCAGUGCAGCCAGAGAGGAUUUUUGGAGAGAACCUGAGAGAGGAUGAAGAGGAAGUACCUUUGGAUCUGUCGGAGUCAGGACGCUCCAAUAGCAAAGAGAAAGAGAAAACACAGUCACAGAGUGAUGCAUUUUCGUCUUCAUCUUCCUCACCACCUGCUCCACUUUCAUCAUCGUCUCAGUACCCAUCAAGUCCGCAGAAUGACCUGCAGACAGGAGAUAAUUAUACACAGCUUACACAGCUAAAAGACAAGGAACAGGAAGGGGUAAAGGAAUAUGAAACUUCUCCAGCACCUGAAACGUCUGUCAACUCAGAAAACAAGAAAAUCCCAUCACUGACCAUUUCCUUUCAACCAGUUGUGGUUAUGGAGUCACUUAAACCUGGAGGACAGACAGUGAAGGUCAAUGAUCAAGGGAGCAGACCAAUGGAGCCAGAGGAGAAGGAGAACAACAACUAUGAAACAAGCAGAAAAAGAGCAGCACAGAAUACUGAUGCUCUUUCCCAUCACUCACUAAAAGAGAAGAAAAUAAGGCUGAGCAGAGGAAAUAACCAUGCAGAGCCAGAUCAAAGAUGAAGGCAGUGGAUAUACGGAUCACGCUGUUAUUGUGGUUAUUCGACCCAGCAUUUUGUCUUCAUCCUCCGUCACCAUCCUCCAAAUCUCUGGUGUUUGCUUGAGUUAUCAAAACACUGACCCUUAUCGGCACCUCUGUCAACAUGAAUGUCAUUUAACAAGCAGAAUUUAUACUGCAGUACACCAGAACUGAAAUAGAUCUAGUAUUAGUGUGGCAAAUAUGCUAGUUUCCUGUUUUUUUUUUUUUUUUUUUUCUGAAUUCAUACAUGAGAAGAACUUGAGAUUAAACAGUUCAUAAGUCUCCAAACAUUUAGCUCUAAAAUACAAGUGGAUUUGAUUCUUUAUCGGGUCGAUUUCACAUCAGUCUUUGGCUGUACCAAAACAGGAACCGAAUAACUGUGUUCAUUGACAGCCCCUUGUCAGUAAGGACAAAUCAACCAGAUUCAUUCAUUCAUUUUCACGUUUCACUUUCUUCUUUCUCUUUAUUUGUUCAUGGAACAUUAAUGAUCUACACUUGUUAUAUUUGACACUUUUUUGCUUUGAUUCACGCUCAGUUUAUUGGUUUUGACCAUUUUCAUGUCUACGCUCAGUUUGCGUUCAAUCUCUCUUCCGUGUAAGAGCUCUCAAAAGCACAGCUGUCAAAGGUCUAUUUUUGUCACUGUCUAAGCACUACGGCCUGUUUCUUGUACAUGUGACAAAAUGAAAA